AUGAGGGGAGAAGGACAUCCCAUCCAACCGUCUUACAGGGAUCCCUUAGAACAGCCGCUGUUAGCGGGGAGCAAUGCUGGCCAUGACGACCCAGAGGUGUUUGGCCUCGACGAUGCAGGAAAGAGAGAACAGCUGGAACGUCGCCUAGUCAGGAAACUAGACGCAAGGAUGUCCAUUCUGAUUGUCAUCUACAUCCUAAACUACAUCGAUAGAAACAACGCAGCAGCGGCGAGGUUGCAUGGCUUCCAGGGCGACUUGGAGCUCGAUGACAAGCAAUUCGCGAAUGUUUUGUCAAUCCUCUACGUCGGCUACUUUAUUAUGCAAGUUCCAUCGAAUAUCUAUCUCAAUCACUCUGGAAGGCCUUCCAUCUAUCUACCGUCCUGCAUGGUCAUUUGGGGAGGCAUAUCCAUGGCUACAGGCUUGGUCACGAAUUACUUUGGCGUCUUGUGUGCCCGGUUCCUUCUGGGUUUCGUCGAGGCUGCCUUCUAUCCUGGCGCUCUUUUCAUGAUUUCUCGGUGGUAUAAACGCUCCGAGCUGUCACAACGGAUGGCUCUGUUGUCCUGUGGUUCAUUGAUCAGCAACGCAUUUGGUGCGUUAAUCGCCUCAGGAAUUCUGGAGUUGAUGGAUGGGGUCAUGGGGCUGAAUGCGUGGAGAUGGCUGUUCUUCGUCGAAGGAGGCUUGACUGUGUUGGUCGCCAUAGGCUCGAUUUUCAUAUUACCCGACUUCCCGGAGACUACAACUGGCUGGCUCACGCCGGAAGAGAAAGACCUGGCCAUUCAACGCAUGGUGGAAGACUCCGGGGGACAUGACGUGCGAAAGCAGUCUACAGAGUUAUUGUCUGGGCUGAGACUAGCUCUUGGUGACCCUAAAGUGUGGUGGCUUACGUUUGGCCUCUGCAAUCUGGUGGUUGCUCUCUCUUUCCACGCUUAUUUCCCAACCUUGGCCGACACACUAGGGUUUAGCCCAACCAUAAGUCUCCUUCUCUGUGCGCCCCCGUGGUUGGUUGCAACAGUGAUAGUCCUAUAUAUCACUAGGAUAUCCGACCAACGUGGUGAACGGUGUCGGUACAUCAUAUUCUCCAUCUCCAUCGGAAUGGCUGGCUUCGCGAUCUCAAUGCUUACUAUGAAUCUGUUUUGGCGGUAUCUAUCGCUCUUCUUCAUGACAAGCUCCUAUGCCGCCUUCGCUUGCAUGCUAGCUUGGGCGAGCAGCUCAGCUUCUCAUCCUCCUGCCAAACGAGCGGUAGCGCUUGCUUUCAUGAACUGCAUCUCGCAGCUGGGGAAUGUCGUGGGGUCGUAA